CGUUUGUGGGACGUUUCUCUCCCUCCAUCCUCUCCAUGCAAGCCAGUCGCUCCUUCCCAUCGCGGUGUGAACGACAACAGAUUCACCCUCCGUAAACCACCACCCUCUACUCCUCCUCUUCCUCUCUACGUGUGAGUGUGUAAGAGAGAGUGUGUGCAGGAAGACGAAGCAGUACCAGCACCACCACCACCACCACAACCACCACCACAACCACCACCAAGGACGUCCCCUCUUUUUUCCUUCCAGCCCCGGGAGCCGGAGAUGCAAGGGACGAGCAGUUAGAUAAGCUCUGCUGUUGGAGAACUUGGUUGUUGGGCUUGUGCUUCAUCUGAAGAAGCUGUGCUCUCUGCUUCCUGUUCGCUGUGUAAAGUGUGUGAGGAGGAUUCCAGCCUGUCGCCGGACGGAGAUCUGGCAACAAAGGACUUCUACUUUUCCGUGUCUAUUGAAUGUAACAUCGCUGAGACAAAGAAGGCAGGGAAUUAAAAGCCAUCAUCAUGAAUUUCGUUAUGAAACAAGCGUUGGGAGGGGCCACCAAAGACAUGGGCAAGAUGCUUGGUGGGGAGGAGGAGAAGGAUCCGGAUGCUCAGAAAAAAGAGGAAGAAAGGCAAGAGGCGCUGAGGCAACAGGAGGAGGAGAGGAAGGCCAAAUAUGCAAAAAUGGAGUCAGAGAGAGAAAACAUCCGACAGGGCAUCAGAGAUAAGUAUGGCAUCAAAAAGAAGGAGGAGAAGGAAGCAGAGGCAGCUGCUGCUAUGGAGCAGGCCUCCGAGGGCAGCCUCACCCGUCCCAAGAAGGCAGUUCCCACCGGCUGCGGGGACGAGGAGGAAGAGGAGAGCAUCGUGGACACGGUCAUGAAGUUCAUCCCGGCCCCGCUCAUGGAUAUGUUCAAUAAAAAGUAACAGUGUUUUGGAUGUAAUGUGAUAAACUUCUUUCAACUUUCAUCUAACUAAGACUAAUGCUGUAUCACCCUGCCCUCGCCCAAACCUGCAGUCACACUUUUUCUUCACCCCCGACCCCUCACCUUACCAACCCAACUUCUAAGAGUCCUGGAUUCGAGCAACGUGCAGUGACUUUGCCCUUGAGUUAAAAUGCUGAUCCAAUGCUGUAAUAUGUACUUUCAAAUGCAACUGCAAUGUCAAAGUACAUAACACCUGCACAGAUCUGGUUUCUUUACUCUAAGGCAAAGUCAUACGCCAUGCUCUCCAGGCCAGAAAUCACCCAUCAUCCACCCUUUUUGUUUGUAAAUAGCCUCGGGUUAUAAAAAAGAGAACUAUAUAGAAGUGAAAUGUGACAUAUAACAAGAUGACGAAGAAGAGUAUAAGCCAUAUUUUUAACUUUUGAGAAAUUAUCCAAAUCAUAUCAAAAUUUAAUUGAAUUUUCCUGUUAUGUUCUUGCUAAUAUUUGAUACAUACAGUGUAUAUAAAUACUUAUUACAUUUCUAUCAGUUCUCCGUUGUGAGGAUUCACCCCAUUAACUGUCCCUUGUGUUUUUAUGGGUUUAUUGUGAAUGUGUAAAAUGAGCGCUGGUCGAGUCCAAACAACACCUGUAAACCAGAAAGUGAAGGAAAUUCAAUUGAAAUGAUUUAUUUUGUUUUGUUUACAUUUUUUUUAAGCAUGCAGUAACAUUUUGUGAAGUGAAGUAGACAUUUGGAGACCAUUUCAUUUGUUACGAUGAAGCAAAAUACAUUGAUAUUUGAGGCAAUAACUGGUUUUCCAUUUUUAUUUCCUGACAUCUUGUGCACCGUGUACAGUAGGUGUCUGAAAUGUUCUUCCAUUGGGGAAACUGUAAAUGUUCUCCAUGAAUGAAGUUUGACGAAAUCCUUAACGAUAAAUUCACUUCCUUUACACGUGCGUGGUUUGAUCUGUCCGUUUGUGUGUCCUGUGGCGGGUGGCGCUCGCUGCAGGACUUCUAAAUUUGUAGACCAGGCUAGUAGAAUUUUAAUCUUUGUUUUUCAUUUCCAUUAUUUUUUGUAACAACAUUACUAUGUUGUGAAAAACACUAUAUGUGAACAGACAGUGACAAUAGUGCAAUAUAUUGUUCGAAAAUGAAGUUGUCUUGUGUCCGUUGGUUAAACUGAUGGGAGUGAAGUCCCAAAUCAGCAAUAACAGACAAUCUUCAUUGUUAUGUGUUUAAACUUACUCUUUAUUGUGUUAGUCGGUGUAAAAGGCACAGGUGUGUCUGCAUAGUGACAGUGACGCCUUCGUGAAGGUCAGACAUGUUUGAUUAGAAAAGAGGAAAAAGGGGGAAGGUGGGACGAUUUGUUUUGUGUCUUACAGUCACGUUACAGAACGAUAAGCACAACCAGAGUUUGUGUUCAGAAUCACAAAAGGUUUCUUAAAGGCAGGCAUCAAUAAAACAUGCAGAGAUUAGUCAUGAAGGACUUUUUAAAAAAGCGCUGUGUUGACCGAUCCACAGAAAAUGUUUACUCUCUCUCUUUGGAGUUCAGUCCGUCCUGCUGGUAAAUGUUAUCGCACAAUUCUAAAGAGAGACAUACGAGGACAAAAUCCAAUCCUUCUCCAUAUGCCUUGUUUUUUUAUUUCUUCCUCAUUCCACAGUGUCUUGUUCAAACAUUCCAGAAAUUUGUGACAUUCCAAUAGACUUGUGCUGGUGACACAAACUUUUACAGUAGGCCUCAGUCGAUGCCUUUGUUAGCCUACGGUGCAUCUCAAUGAAGAACUUAAUUUUGACUCUGAUGUUGGUUGAGAAAGAACAAAGAGAAAAAGAAAUACUCAAAUGUUAAGAUUCGCUGACAUGAAUAGAAGAAAGAAAAAAUCCCACUAGAGUCCAAGGGGAAGCAUAAAUGUGCUUUUACAGAGAUAAGAUAAAUCUUGUGAUAAUUUUUGCUAGACGAUGUUUUUUGUGAUUCACAAGUGGACAGUAGCUGUAGGCGUAUUUACAGUUUUUAAAACUUGUUUUCCACAUUGCCACUGUUUCUAUUAAGCUAGCUGAAAAUUGAAAUUACUUGGAACCUAAACUUGUGCAUUCUUGUGGCAUAGACGAUGGAAGUUUAGUUUUUAUAAGCGCUUUGUGAGCUCUGUAAUCGAAAGCAUCCACGCCACCUAGAGAGCACAUUUAUUGAACUCCCUGUGAUGUUAUUGUACUCGUAAACUGCCUUUGCCAGCCUCUGUGUUAGCAGAUAGUUAGCAGCCGAUUGUUGUUUACAUGCAUCAAAAACACUCCAACCCAUUUUCAGAGCAGUUAUCCAAUCAAACCAAAGAAUAGUGCUGGUAGUAGUAGACUUUACAUCUGAUUUAUUUACUGCAUAUCUGAUUUAUUUUGAAAUUCUCAGGUAUUCGAGUUUUAAGUUUUAGUACAACCAUAACAAGCCUUCUCUUAGCAUUGUUAGCCUUUUCUGCAAACAGAUAUUAUUUUUGCCAGGGGCCUUGCAAGCCUUCAGCAAUCUUUAUUUUCAUCCCUUGUUUGGCCCGAGAAUAUUCCAGAAGCUACAAUUACUGCCCAGUCAUAUACGACAUUCCUGGCAACAAAAACCUUAGCAUCAUUGUGCAGACCUUCAGGCUACCGGUGACCCUUUGCAAACUGGUUCGCUCUGAAACCUCAACACCCUUCACAUCUCGUCCAUCAACGCCGUCAUGAAUCCAUUCAUCAUCAUCUUGUAAAUGCCGAUUGAUUGCGCCUAAAUGGCUUAUACACCACUGCCCAAACAAACUGCCCGAGUCAUGCGUAAUCAAUAUUUAGCAGUCCAAGUAGACUCCAGUCUGAAGUCGCUCAUGUGUGCCGCUCAUAAAGAAACUGCCUGAAAAAUAUGCCAUUAAAAAAAUUACUCCUUCGGUGUGACUUGAAUGUAACUGUCUGAUGUUUCUAUCUUUGCAUCUGUCUUUCUCUGUUUUGUACGUGUUGAGAAGAAGCUUAAUCUCGUGAGGUAUUUUGUUUCUUUAUUGUCCGUAGCCAGUCCUGUUCCUGUCCUCUGGUGGUUGGUAUUUUCAGAAAAAUAAAUGUUAAUUUGGUGAA